AUUGCAGCAGGUGUGAUCUGCCGAAAAUUACAUAGACAAAAUUCAGUAAUACGAUCGAUCAGUAAUUUUUUUACCGUUUGUUUUUAUUUUUCAGCAAUAUCUUUGUACAUAUGUACUAGUUUGGGAAUUACAGCUGGUGCUCACAGAUUAUGGGCACAUAGAUCAUACAAAGCGAAAUGGCCACUCCAGAUAUUGCUAGUGGUAUUCAAUACCAUAGCGCACCAAAAUGCGACUAUCGAUUGGGCCAGAGAUCACAGACUUCACCAUAAAUACAGUGAGACGGACGCAGAUCCGCAUAAUGCAAAGAAUGGAUUCUUCUUCGCGCACGUGGGCUGGUUGUUGUGCAAGAAACACCCAGACAUCGCUAAAAAAGGCAAAGAAAUCGAUCUCAGUGACCUGAGAAACAAUCCUAUAUUAAUGUUCCAGAAAAAGUAAGUGUUCUUCAUCGAUUCCUUUUCGUGGUUCGAUAACGCGGAAAGAAAAAGUUCUUUACUAAAUAACCAGAUUUUUCUAAAUCAAUUGAAAAUCAAUAGAUUUUUUUUUCUAAUUAAAGAAAAAUGAUAUUGGAUUGAAAUAUAUACAUUUUAUAAUAUAAAAGAAAG